CGGAUUCCGAGGUGGAACUGAGCGACUACGUCAGACCCGCCUGCCUGGGAUCACACACCUCCGUCGGGCAGCUCCUAAAGCGAGAAUGCCGGGCUCUGGGCUGGGGCGCGAGACGCGACCCUCUGGUGGAGCUGACUCUGCGCGUUGCAACCUCCGCCGCGGCCUGCAAGCACCUGCACGGAAACAAAGACAACACGAUCUGCGCACAACAGAUUACUCCCACAGAUCGCUGCCUUCUCGAAGAACAAAGCGGAGGCGGUCUUCUGUGCGAGUGGGCGGGGCGAUGGGAGCUGGUGGGCGUGUCCACCCUACCCACAGGGUGUGCCCAGGGCUCUCGCGCCCGCCUCUACGACGACAUCACCCCGACAACCGUCAGGUGGAUCAAGAAGACGAUCGCCGCCUUCGCCAGGGGGGCGUAACACCCUAGCGCCGCCGUCGAGGAGGAUCCGAUCGCCUUUUCUCCAGUGGGGUAAAAUUCUUUCUGGAACCAGCCUGUAAUUUAUUUAGCCAAAAAAUGAAUAAAUAAAUAGAUAAAUACUGAAAACAAAAUGAAAAUACUGUGGAAAAAAAAUGAAUAAACUAUCGUGGAUGGGAGACGAGUGUGCAAACUUGAAAGACCUAGAAAAAAAAAAAAUGACGCACGCGAAGCAAAUACGUACGUCAGAAAUAAAUGAAAAAUACAAGAUCUGAAGAAGAAGAAAAUUUAUAUAAUGGCUGGUUCCUAUCAUAGCGUUUUCCUCUUGACAAGUCCAAGCAAUGGGUGGCUUCGAGACUGUCUGUCUGUCUGUCUGUCUGUCUUUCCCUAGCGACAGACAGACACAAAGCCUUCAAAAAGCCACCAUUAUGCGCACAAUAGACCGCCCUUGCCGACUUUUACGCGCUUACCUACCUACAAGGUGUUUAUUUACAUAUCACUUUUACAACGUCAGUCUUUUGUUUUUUUAUGAAAUCCCGUGACAACCAUAUCCAAUACAUAUCCUAAGAGUUACCCGUUUGAUAUAUAUUGAAAAAAAUUAUAUUGUAGUUUACGAAUGUUAAUGAAUGAUUGUUGCAUUGAUGGAGAGAAUUUAAAGGAAAAAAAAAAAGACAUAUGAAUUGUUAUUCCGGAAAGUAUGUUAAGCUUGUAUGGGUGUUUCACAGAGCUGUGUAAUGCCUUCUUGCCACCCUUCAAUAUUUUAUUUAAAUUUCCUUCUCGUUAGUUAUCCCAUGAACUAGCACCAUUUCAACCCGAACAAAUAUAUCUUUCUGAAAGAGGAUCAUCCGAUUUAAAACACAUCAAAACCUCGUAUUGAUGGACAAAACCUAAGCUAAAAACAAAGAAAAAAGGAAAAAAAAUAAAAGGUCUGUUGGAGGUGACUGGGGGAACUGACCUAAAAUCUUCAUGUAUUGUGUAUAGUUGUAGCUUAGUAAGGGAGCCUGUUUCCUGUCAGCUUACGGACAGCAUAUAUGUUGGUUAACCUCGUGACUAUGAAAGAGCUCUGUGUCAGUGUCUCCCGGCAGUUUUCUUAACUGCAAUUAGAUGACGUGUAUAUUAGUGAUUACCCUCUCCACCCCCCUUACUCCCCCUCCCCCCUCCCUCCCCGGCUGUGUGGACAGCGUUGUGCACUAGUGAUAUAUAUUUAUGUUGUUGUUUUUCUUUUUGUUUCUGUUUUGGUUCUUAAUGCUCCCCGUAUGUAAUAGUGUGCGCUAGUGGUUUAUUGAGAUGUGUGUGGAGUAUGUGUGCUAAUGAUACUAAGGCGCUCUUUGCUGGUGGUUCCGUGUCUAUGUGUGCUUCUCCAAAAGGCGUUUGAGCUCUUGAACCAUACAUGACUUCUGCCGAUAAAUACUACGCCCACUAAGGUAUAAAUAGGAUUUUUUCCUUGUCAUAUAUGGCUCAAUAAAUGCUUGAACCAUGACAAAAAAAUAACCAUAUUCGUAAAUGUUGUACAGGAAGGAGAGGAGAAGAAGAGAAGAAAAAAAAAAUUGUGGCUUCUGGUUACCGUGCGAACUGUCUCUGGUUUCAGAGAAUAAUUUUAUAAUCUUACAAUGACCUGUUGUAAAGAAACACAUAUCCAAAACUUAGAAGUAAAGUGUUUCUAUGCUCUGUCUGGUUUUAUUUGGACGUAAAUGGUUUGUGUAUGGCGAGGAGCAAAUUCUUGCGAGUUACAAUAUACAAACUUACUCCAAUGAACAAAUGUUGCAUUCUGUCACUCUCGGAUCUUUUUACUCGUAGCCAAAGAUCUGGCGGGAAUAUCAUAAGCUUUAAUUAUUUUUGACACAUGUAUACUUGUAUAGAAUUUUUCGGGUGUUAUAAGUAUAUAUUUUGCUUUCUACUCCAUUAUUGAUGGAAUUAUUUUCUUUGCUAUAGUAUAUUUGCAUGGCAAUGUAAAGAAAUGAAUGUUGAGGUAAGGUAGGCGUUAUCGGGAAAAAAUAUGGAGAGAGAGAGAGAAAGAGAGAAAGAGAAGAAGAAGUAGUUUCAUACAGUGCUGCCAAGUGCGAGGACGAAUGCAGGCGACACACUUGCAUUGAGAUUUCUGUAUAUUUACACUACAUUGUUCGAAUAGAGGAUCUGCAUAUUUUUGGUAUUAACUGACUUUCGUAGCGCUGUUUUUGGGGGCGACUGAGUCCAAUACAGCGAAGGUAGGGCAGAGUGGCAGAGCGAAAGAGAAAGAGAGAGAGAGAGAGAGAGAGAGAGAGAGAAAAGAAGUGUAUAGGCUAUGCGCAGGAAACCUCAUGUUAAACUGCCUAUUCUUGAAGUGAAAAAUCGAGUCACUUCAUUGCAGUGGCUUUUUUUUUUCUUUCCUUUUUUAUCUUUUUUUGGAUAUUAAUGAUGUUGAAAAAGUAAUUUAAGAGAGAUAACAUGAAGCGAAAUGAAAGGUUAAUGUGCAGUGACGUGAUAUUAUGAAUUUCUUCGAUGUUUAUACACAUGCACAGUUUAUUUGGCACAAAUGACAGGAGAAUCACAAGCGUAUUUAUAAUUAUUUAUUUACUAUUUAUCUCUACUGACACAUUAACCUGAGACUAAUACCACAUCGAAAAAAAAUCAUUCCGUUCAUUUACAGUUCAUGAGUUCAAAAAUUAGAACAAAAAAAAAUAAUAUCGGUACAAAAUUGGCAAUACGUUAAAACCGUUGAAUUUGAUUUUCAAAACCAAACCAACGUCUUAUACGGAAUAGGCAGUUGAUAAACCUUCCCAGGCUGAGACAGGGUCCAUUGGUAUGCAGGAUGCUUUCUUAACGAUGCCUAAUUGAGAAAGAAAGAGAGAAAUGGAGAGAAAAAGAGAGAAAGAGAAAGAGAGAGGAAAAAAAGUACCACAAGACGCCAUGAUAUGACGUCACUCCCGUUAACGGAUUCGGUGUGACGUCACUAGUAUAAUAUUGCUAGAUGGAUCUGUUUUAUAUGUGUACUAUUAGCUGAAUAGACUAAGAGCCAGUAUGCUUUAAAUACCAGGCAAACGUGUAUGUGCAUAUGAAAUAAUAUAUAUAUAAGCCUGGGAUGAUUUAAGCGAUACUGUGCCCUGGCCUAAAAAGUUCGUGUAAUGUGGCAGUUUUUCUGUAAUGCCUAAAAUAUUGACAUAUUUUUGUUGAAUCAUUUAUUGAAAUAUAUGUGAGAUAUUUUCGUAGAUAUUAAGUAACAACCGCAGGGUGUACAUAAUGGUUAUUUGAACUGAUCUCAUCCUAUUAAUAAAAUUGACGGUUUUAUCAAAGUUCUUUAAAAAAAAAAAGAGAGAGAAAAACAAAUUAUUCGGUUGAACAGCCGUACAUGGAAAGCUAUAAAGAAAUAUAGAUUUAAAAAAAAAUCUAAAUGAGAUAUAUAGAAUCCUGAAUUCGUCUUCACACCAAAAACAAAACCAAAACAAGAAAAAAACAGGUGAAAUUUUGUGCCCAUGGUCUUCAGCAAACCCCUGGGCCUCAAGCAGCGUUUCCAUGCCAAGGGCUUUUUAACCGCACGCAAAAGACAUUGGUACAGAGCGACCUAGCGACCAGGCCGUCCUUCAUUCGAGAGAAUUUUCCAAACGCGGAUGAGAUUUCUGUUUUCUGAACCCAUUGCCGCCCUGCUUCUUCCAUUAAAAGUGUACUCAGACAAAAGAAACAUAUGACAAAUGCUGCCUGUAAUGUAUAAAUGAUUAUGUAAAUUGGUUCGUGUAAAAAUAAAACACACUAUGUUUCAAG